CGGCCGCCCCGCGAGGGGUUCCUGCAGCCGGUUCCGCGGAAACGCAGGCGACUAGCGGGCCGGCGGGGCCCAGCCGCGAGCGAGGGGUAGCGGCCAUGACGAAACCCGACCGCGCCGCUCCGAGAGCGUGAAGCGCAGGGUUGCAAAAUGCCCAGGCAGGCGGCCGUGCCCGUGGCUCUGGCGGCCCUGCUGGGUAUCGCCGCGGGGGGGCUGGUUCUGUGGAAGGCCGCCCAGCGCCGGAGGGGCAGAGCGCGCUGCGGGAGCCCGCCGGAGGAGGCGGCGGGGGGGCGGCCGGAGGGGAAAGAGAGCGAGGCGGGGGGCAGGGAAGCGCUGCCCCUCUUCGCAUCCCCCACCCUUUCCUGGGUGGAGAGGAGCCUCGGCGCGGAUAUAGUGAUCGUGUCGGAGCGGCAGGAGUGGGACCGGGUGGAGCCUUUGCUGAAGAAGGAGCUGGAGAAGUGGCCGGUGCUUGGAAUGGACUGCGAGUGGGUAUCUGUGGAGGGAAAAGCAAAUCCCGUAUCCCUCCUACAGAUGGCUUCUUCCAGUGGCCUUUGCAUUCUCGUUCGGUUGCCCAGGCUUGUUGCCAGUGGACAGCCUGUCCCAAAGACCCUCCUGGACAUCAUGGCAGAUGAUGCUGUGUUGAAAGUAGGAGUAGGAUGCUGGGAAGACGCUUGCAAGUUACUUCAGGAUUAUAGUCUUCCAGUCAAAGGGAGUGUGGAUCUCCGGUAUUUAGCCAUGAGGCAGCGGAAGGAUCUACUUCACAACUGCCUUAGCCUUAAGUCUUUAGCUGAAAAAGUCCUGAACUGCCCGCUUGACAAGUCUCCUCAUAUGCGUUGCAGCAACUGGGAGGCAGAAGAACUGACACAAGAUCAGGUUCUCUAUGCUGCUAGAGAUGCCCAGGUCUCGGUGGCUCUGUUCCUCCAUUUGCUGGGAUUUGCCUGUCUCCCUGCUACAUCUAAAGGUGAAAACUCUGUUUCUGUUUGGGAAAAAGUACUGAGUAAAUGCCAAGGCUUGGUGGAUAUCCCAUUUAAAGGAAGAAAAAGUGGCAGCACAGGAGAGGACAAGAGUGGAGAGGCACGUUCUCCUCAGAAAGGAAAGAAUCGGAAAUCUUUGGUGAAUGUCCAUUCCUCUGGCAGUCAGCAAAUGAGAGAUCCUCGGAGGCAGAAGCGAAAGCCUCUGGGUGUGGGAUAUUCUGCAAGAAAAUCCCCACUGUAUGACAACUGCUUCCUGCAUGCGCCAGAUGGGCAGCCCUUGUGCACUUGUGAUCGCAAGAAAGCGCAGUGGUAUCUGGACAAGGGGAUUGGAGAUCUAAUUAGCACAGACCCAUUUGUUGUGAAGCUGCGGUUUGAGCCUUCAGGACGUCCUGAGUCUGAAGUUGAUUAUUAUCUGAUGGUUAAAGAAAACCUGUGUGUAGUAUGUGGCAAACGGGAGUCCUAUAUUCGAAAGAACAUUGUUCCUCAUGAGUAUCGAAGGCACUUCCCAAUUCAGAUGAAGGACCACAACUCCCAUGAUGUGCUCCUACUCUGCACCUCCUGCCAUGCCAUCUCCAAUUACUAUGACAACCAUCUCAAGCAGCAGCUGGCUGAGGAGUUUGGUGCUCCUAUUGGCUCUGAGGAAGGAGUGCGUCUGCUGGAGGACCCUCUGCGCAGGCAGGUGCGCUCCGGGGCCCGAGCUCUGCUGAAUGCAGACAGCCUGCCAGACCCUCGAAAGGCAGAACUCCUGCAAAGCAUCAAGGACUUCUUUAACGUAGAAGCUGUGACCCCAGAGAUGCUGCAGGAAGCAGCUGGUCUAGAAACCAGGAUCUGCAAUGAGAGCUACAUGCCACAUGGACUGAAGGUGGUACAGUGUUGUGCUAAAGGAGGCCUGCGCUCCCUUAUGCAGUUGGAGAGACGCUGGCGGCAGCAUUUCUUGGACAGCAUGCAGCCCAAACAUCUCCCAGAGCAGUGGUCAGUGGACCACAACCACACAAAGCUGAUCCGAAAGUAUGGGGAGGAUCUUCAGGUUGAGCUGUCAUGAAACUAACUUCCUGGACUUAUCAUAAUGUCUAAUGGACGUAUGUAACUGAAAGUGGAAAGACUAUUUUCAUUUCUGUUUCUCCACUAACAUCAGAGCCUGGCUUUGUGAGCAGUCAGCAGUGAGUUGACAUUUUACAAAGAGUUAAUCUGCUGACUUGAAUUUUGUCAGGUGGUUUGGAAUUUUUAAUCCUAGACUGUCACUGGAUAGUUCAGUGCAGGAAUUAUAUGCUAAGGGAAUUUUUCUGCUCUAAUUGAUUAUUGGGAGUUAUUUUCUAUCCCUGGGAUGUCUGGUGCCUCCAGACCCUCUCUUUUAAAGUAGAGCACAAUAUGUAAACAUUUCCAGGUUUUCGAGAGAUAGAUGUGCACCUUGGCUGCACCACCAGCAUCUCCUGAUAAUAAAUCUAUCUUUGCUUUCAGUGCAGUUGUACUCACAUGAGUUCUUCCUGGAGAAGAUGCCCCACUACAGAGAUUCCUUGUUUGGAAGUAGCAAAGAAACCUUACUUCUUUGUUUUGUUUGUUUCAGAUUCUGCAAAGUCUUUGCAGCACUGCAAUAGGCCUCAGUGAGUUUCCUGUUGCCUGGAGAGAAGUGAUACUGUUUGAUUCUGGCAGCAUGGAAGCAUCUAUGUCGAGUCUUUUUUUUUAAAAAAAAAAAACAGCUUCCAGCAGCACAGAGUCUGUAAAAAGUCUUUUUUCCCCAAUUCCACUUGCUUACUGUGAGUAGCUCUUGGCAGGUACCGUUUCACAUUAGAGUGAAACUCAACCAGGUGUCUUAAAAGGAAUAAGAAAUAAACUUUAUUUAAAGACCAACUUUUUUUGUUUUUUUUUUUUUAAGAACUCAGAUCAUAUAUGGCAGGAAACUAGAAAAUCAAGUGUUUUCUUCUUGGAUUUGAUUUGUGGUGAUGAUCAGAUCAUACUCUCCAUGCCUGUUUCCCUGUCUCUAAAAUGAGACUAACAGUACUUACCUAUCUCACAAGGGUGUUGUGAGGAUUGAUUAAUCAAGAUUUUUGUAAAAUUCUUUGAAAACUUAAGGCAGCGUGGUCUAAUUACUAUCGUUGUUAUUAAAAAUGUGCUACUGUCUUGACUUUCUUAAAUAUUUGUGAUUUUUGCCUGAGGUUAGAUCUUAGUAAAAAAUACGACUAUAAAAAUAAAUACCCCUUUCUUUGAAGUCAGUUUUGAUGAUUUUGAUUGCAUGAGGUGAAUUGUACUUCUGAAUGAGACUGUGCUCAACUUCUAUAAGCCUCUGUAAAGAAGUUUCAGUAUGACCCUUGCCAUACUUCAAGCUAUGUUGUAUAUUUCUUAAUAACUUUUGGAUAGAAUCCUGGACUUGCUGUGUUUACGGUGGAAAGUCUUCACUAUCAGACAAAAAGAGGAGCCAUGGAGAAGUGAUGUGUUUGUGCCAUCCUGGAAGAGUUGCUGUAGCAGCUGUAGCAGUCUGGGUGAAAAGAGUGAAAGAUUCAUGAUAAAUAAUUCUUAUUGCAGAACUACAAAUUAGACAGUUCUCACUAUAGGGGAAAUGUUAUGCCUUUGGCAGGUCUUAACAAAAAGUGAUCUAUCCAAAUGUGUACUAUCUCUGUGCUCAUUCACAUAGCUGAUGGUAAUCUCAGUGAGACCCUCCUCACUGAGCAGCAGCAGCCUGGGUAUAACUUUAUUUCUUCAAAACAUUUUGAGCGUACGUUCAGAUAGUUACUUCCUAUCUCUGCUGACUUUAGGCAAGGAGAGCUCAUUGUGUGGCUCAGAAAACCCCUUUCAACAGUCUGGAAUACCAAAUAUCCAUCUCACAUCUUUGCUGUUUCAUUUUCUCCCUUUGUUCUGAUGGGUGAACUGCUGAUAAAGCUCUCCUUCCUUAUAGGAACCCAAGGGCUGACCACAGGGCUGCUGUCAUUUCUGUUUACCGAGGGGAAAAAAAACAAACAAAACAUUUUGAGACAAGAAUUGGACUAAAGGUUCCUGAACUUUGACUAACCCUGUAUCUCAAAAGACCUUUUUCUUUUCAAAUCACUUCAGAAAUAGGAGUUUGCAAGGAAAGCUUUCCCACAAAAUAUAAGUUAAGAUUCCUCAUUGCUGUUUGUAAGAUAUUCUUAACUUGUGUGAUUUUAAUUCAACCUGAAAGAAGAGAGAAAUGGUAGAUUUACUGUAUAGAAAUAUAUUAUUUUUAUAGAUGAUUGUGAUUUAACAUUUUCUGCCUUUUAAUGGAAUGUUCGCUUUUUACUAUUCAGUAGAUUUUGCAUAUGGUUACCAGGGGCACUUGCUGGGCUUUGUUGGUUUACAGACUAACAGGGAGAAACAUCUGUUUCCUCCAUGUAGAGUUGAUUGGACUAUAGAAUGUACAAUGAUCAGAGGAAGACAAAGGCAGUCUACGGAUUAAAUUUCUGUAUGCAUCUUCAUUGCUAAUUGUUACAUUCAGUAUAAAUCUGCUCUUUUACCAGACUUACCACUAGUCAAGCUCUUUUUUUUCCUUUUUCGCUUGCUUUUUCUCUUAUUCCAGUGUGUCCUACUCCAUCUUUGUCAUU